AUGGCAGUGUGGGUAGAGGACCUGACCAAAGACAGUUUUAAAGUCUGUCUCAGGGAAGUGAAGAUUUUUGAUGGACUUCACAAAGGCAUCAAAAUUGUGAGUAAAAUUUUGUACCUAACUGGGGUCUCAGCCCAAAACCUCCGUGAUACAUAUUCGCCCUUCUGAACCAUGUACUAUGAUGGUGUAUGCAACGCAAGAAGAUUACUGAUUAUUAUAUUACUACAUGAGAAAUUUCUGCAAUUUGAUUGGCUCAGAGCAGUGGUAUUUCAGCUUAAUUUGAAAUACCUUCACGUGAAAAUUACAAAACUUUUGCGGGUAGUAGUAUAAACAAAUAAUAGCAUGAUUUGUACGUGAUAUUUGGUAUAAAUACCACUCGUGAUAUUUCAAAAUUCUCUCAAAUUUCACUCGCCUAACGGCUCGUGAAAUUACGUAUAACAAUUUCGAAAUAUCACUCGUGGUAUUCAUGACAAAUAUCACUACAAAUCAUGCUAUUACCUAUACAAAUCUUUCAAGACAAGAGCUGUAAAACAAACUUUUUCAAAGAUUCAUUUCAUAUAUAUCAAAUCUGCAUUUCAUAACACUUUGUGUUUUUAAUGUUAUAAUUUUUAGUUCAACCUGUUAAAGCACCGUUCAAAGAGUUUUUUAUGCAAUUUUUUUAACGUCUAUUAGCAAUGUAAGUAGCUGUUUUUGUAAAGAAUUCGAUAAAAAAUUCAUUGGCGGAUGUUAAGGGCUAAAAAAAUACGAACGGGCGGUUUGGCCUUGUCUGAUGAAACAUUUUAUUCUUAUAGAACUGGAUGGCUUAUACAAACCUCACAGUCGAUAACUUCACCUUAUCUGACAGUCUUGAGUUUACGAGCAACAACUCGCCAUCUCAACAGAUUGACUAUGCCUUUUGCCAGGUAAAGUGUAAUAUAUACUCUUUACUUACUUACUUACUUACUUACUUACUUGAUUAACUGAUUAAUUGAUUAAGUACUUUAUUUAUUCAUUCGUUUUUUGAUGAUUUACAAAUGUACCAUUAAUUUCACUCAUGCAUUCUAAACGAGACAUCCUCUCUUAAGCAGAAACGUAGUUAAAUAAAUGUUGAUGAUAAUGAUCAUGGUGAUAAUAUUGUUGAUGAUGAUGAUUAUGAUGAUGAUGAACUUAACUAUGACUCGUUUGUACGGUUAAUUGAGUCGACGUUCAGUCAGUCUUCGAGAAGAGAUAAUAAAAUGGGACUUUUUUUUAAUACUUGCCUCUUUUCAUUUAGUCAUUAAUUAACUGCAAAAAAAAUGACGGUAAAAAACCUUUAUAUUUUUGUUACAGAAACUCAACUUUACAGAUCAGUUCUACGCUCCCCCAGUGGUAAUGGUGACAGCUGAACGAGUUAACAACGAUUCACUUUUGUCCGGAUGCAACGCAAUCACUGCUUGGGUCGAGGUAAGGAAAGAAACAGACUUGUCGACAGCAUACUUUACCCCAGUUUAGUCGGAGGGUUUUUUGAAAUACUACAAAAUCACACAUCAAGUGUUAUAGUAUUUUACAAAGGAAUUGCUAAUUAGGGACUGGUCAAAAAGUAUAGGGAGGGGUGGGCCGGAGCAGAGAGGGGGUGGGUCAUGAGGUUUUGAGCCUUGUGUAAGGGGUGGGUCGUGCAAUUUUCAGCUACCCUUAGGGAGUGGGUCACCUACUUUAUUACAUAGAUAGGCACUAACUACUAACGAGACAGUUGACUACACUUGUUAUAUAAAACACAGCCAGCUGGAAUUAUUGCUAAAAUACUCACAAAGCUGUUGUGCGAGAAAGUACAAAAGUGUGACAGGCCAAAAACAUCUAUACGGGUGUGGAACCCUCUGUUAACCUUUUUUUUAGCUCUUACGAGCAUGUCCUUUAAUUAUUUUCCUUUUUUGUAAGGAAAUGAUUGGUGGUUCUUUAAAAAUUUAUUGAGGUUACAGUUGGUUUUGUAUAAGAUUCCAUUUUUUCAUUCAAGCUUCCUUUAUAGUAGACACUGAGGGCUAGUAUUGUGUCACGAAUGGCAAUAUUCAAGUUCGUUUUCCUCCUUGUUGUUUUGUUUUAGGAGUUUAGACUCCCUUUUGUGAAUUUUAUUUCUGAUAGUAUGUUUUCUAUGAAAAUUUGUGGGUAGCCUCCGUCCAUCAAGCGUUAUUUUUUAAAUUUGAAUUAUUUUCCUCAAAGGUUGUUUCUGAGGAGUUUUUUCGUAGGAUUCUCAAGGCUUCUCCUUUGACAAAUCCUUUUUUAACAUUUGGAGAGUGGCACGAGGUGAAAUGUGUGUGCAAGAAGGUUUGCCUUUGUUAAAAAUGUGUCUUUGCAUUAAGGAUAGAUUUUUCCUUGAAUCUUGUGCCUUUGUAUACAACCGUGUCUAAAAACGCAGUCUCAGUAUAAAAUGUUUCGGCCGUGAAUUCAAUAGUUGGGUGAUGUAAGUUUGUUUGUUCAAUGAAGGCUUCGAUGUCCGGUUUACCCCUAUCCCAUAGAGCAAAGAUAUCGUGUAUGUAGCGUUUCCAAACUG